AUGUCAACUCCACACAUAUCAACUGAAGAUUCGGCUGCAAGUCCUAUUUUGUUAGAAAUUGAACCUUCAGCAAAUAAUACCAAUGAAGCAACUCAAAACAAUAAUGAGCAGCAACCCGACACCAUUGAUGAAGACGAUGAAAGUCCAUAUGCUCCAAAGAAAAGAAAAUGGACAUCCAAAGUGUGGGAUGACUUUAAAGAGGUUACUCUUCCGGAUGGAACAAUAAAGGCUGAAUGUAUUUAUUGUAAACAUCUGCUCACAAUUAAUAAGACUGGUGUUACAUCCCAUUUUUUGAGGCACCUCAAGGGUUGUAUGAGGAAGCAUAUUAGUGAUAAAGGUCAAAAAAAUAUUAGUGUCACUACAACUAUUGUUGAAUCAAAAACUGUUAAUGCUGUCCAAAAUUUCAAGUAUGAUCAUGGGAAGAUUAGGGAGAUUCUUUCUCACAUGAUCAUUGUUCAUGAGCUGCCAUUCCUUUUCUCUGAAUAUGAAAUGUUCAAUUUAUUGAUGAGGACCGCAACUCUAUAUUAUCAGAAGAUUAGUCGUACUACUGUGAAAAAAGAUUGUACGACUUCUUAUGAAAUUGAGAAGAAAAAAGUUAUGGAAUCAUUAAAAGAUGUGAAUAGGGUUAGUGUGACAAUUGAUUUAUGGAAGUCAGAUCAGAAGGUUUCAUAUAUGGUUGUCACCUGUCACUAUGUGGACUCUAGUUGGAAUUUGCAAAAGUGGAAUCUAAAUUUUUUAGAUGUUCCUCCACCUCAUAAUGGUGUUUCUAUUUGUGAUGUGUUAAAUAAGUGCUUGGUUGAAUGGGGAAUUGAGAAUAAGGUAUGGCUAAUUACAGUUGAUAAUGCUAGCUAUAAUGAUGUAGCUGUGAGGAUGUUGAAGGAUAACCUCUCCUAUAAAAAUAAUCUUCCUCUUGGUGGUAAAUUAUUUCAUGUAAGAUGUUGUGCACACAUCUUGAAUCUUUUGGUGCAAGAUGGGUUAUCUGAGAUUCAAGAUAUUAUUUUCAAUGUGCGUGAAAGUGUGAAACAUAUAGCUGCCUCAGAAACUCGUGUUAAUAUAUUUAGUGAAAUUUCAAAGCAAUUGAAACUAUCUUCGAAGAAACUUGUUUUGGAUUGUUGCACAAGGUGGAAUGCCACAUUUUGUAUGUUAUCAGCUGCUUUAGAGUUCAAAGACAUUUUCCCUAGAUAUGCAGCAAGGGAUGCAACUUAUACUUUUUUGCCAAGUGAGGAGGAUUGGAAGAAGUUAAAUGAAGCAAGUGUAGAUGAAGGAAGUUUCAUAGUAGAAAUGGUUAACAAGAUGAAGACUAAAUUUGAUAAAUAUUGGGGUGAUAGCAACUUAUUGAUCUCUAUAGCAGCAGUUUUAAAUCCAAGGAACAAGAUGAAGUUGAUUGAAUGGUGUUUUCCAGAGAUAUAUUCAGUUGGUGAUACAAUUGAGCACAUUUCUAUGGUUCAUGAGACAUUACACAUGUUGCAUAAUGAGUAUGUUGAAGCUCAUAAAACUAGUGUUGACAGUAUCAAUGUUCAAAGUGAAACUCAAAGAGAAAGUUCUAUUGGUCGGAGUAAUUUAAAUGGAAGAGGAAGAGGUAAAGUAAGGGCACAAUUUUCUAGUUACAUAAAGAAUGUUGAUAGUGUUGAGCAAGUAAAAUCUGAAUUAGAAGUGUACUUGGAUGAAGGGUGUGUUAUUUGUGAAGAUGAAACUGACUUUGAUGCAUUGUCAUGGUGGAGAAUUAACAACUUAAAAUUUAGGAUCUUAUCAAAAAUGGCUUGUGAUGUACUAUCAAUUCCGAUAACUACAGUUGCUUCUGAAUCGGCUUUUAGUGCCGGUGGUAGGGUAAUUGAUCCUCAUCAUGCCUCUUUGGGAACAGAUACAGUCCAAAUAUUGUUUUGUGCAUCAGAUUGGUUGCGUGCUCAUUAUGGAAUCAAGAAAAAAAUCAAAGGUGAUUUUAACGAGCUCGAUUUCGAGCUCAAUUAUGUGCAUAACGAGCUCGAGCUCGAGCUCGAUUAUGUGCCUAAUGAGCUCGAGCCUAACGAGCUCAAGUUCGAGCCUAACGAGCUUGUUUAA